AUGACGCCUCGUACGUCCUCAGUCCCACCACUCUCAUUCUCGCGUUCUUCCAGAGGUUCUCGUGUGAAAAAGAAUGGGCUCAACUAAUCGGAAAAAAUGUGGGAAGUUUCUUGAGGCCUCUUUUCCGACAUUGUCUACUACACCUCAGUAUAUUCUAUUGUUUUCGACUUUCUUAAUUAGUUCUCCGGCCAAUUCCCUCGAGGGUAAACGGCGAUGCGCUCCGCUUGUGUCGCAACGAUGCUCCGACAUGAAAAAUGAAUAUUGCACCUUUUCUUUUUCUUCCGUUUGCGCUCUUUCUCUCUUUCUCAAUAAUUCAUCUCAAUUUAGUUACCUCGUUAGUUAUCGUUAGCCUCGAAAACAAAUCCCCUCGCCGUUUUCAAUGGAACUGAUAUUAAUCCGUCCUCCCUUUUUCCAGGAACAUUCACUUACUCGUUUCCGGGCAACGAACACCGCACAAGUGGUGUUAGUACACGAGUCAAACUGAAACGAUCACAGGACCUCAUCUCUCUUCACGAGGCCGACUAUGGCGGGACUCAGCAAGCGAAGGUUGGUAUAUGGAAAUUUGAGAUGCUCAUUUGCAUCUUAUUUCUGGAGAGUUCAAGCACAUUUCAUGAACUAUCAUUUUCAGAAAGCACUCAUGUGUCUUCCCAGUGCCAAACCGCCAACCCCACUCAUUUACUCACAGUCCUCGCCUCUGAAACAUUUAUAUUCGCAAUUUCCGGGUCUACUCGAGGUGCCUUCUCGAACCUUGCCGUGAACCCAUUAACAAAUGCUCCAUUUCAGGCACACAAUGCCGCGAUUCCCGCAUUAGAUACUUGCCCUUUGCUCCUUCAGACCGCCAGUCUACCUUCUCUUUCUCACAUCGGCCUUUCGCACUCUUUGGUUCGUUUCAUUUUUCUUUUCUUUCUCUCCGAAAUCUCUCAUUCGGAUCCGAUCUACACUAGUACGGAUUCUCAUUAGCCAAAUGCAAUUGUGUUUGCAGGAAUCAGCCGUGUUGCACUCAGCCUCCGAGCCGCCAAUGGAGAUGAGAAUUGAUACGAGCAGUAAGUUCUUGGACGGAAGAAUGGAAAAAAGAGAAAGAGAGAGAGAGAGUGACCCGCGACUAAAGAUGAUAAUAACGAGAAGUCAUCUGAUCUGCACGCAUUCAUCGAAACCGUUCAUUGACUGAUCUAUCCUAUUCUUUGGUCGUUCUUCUUUUUCUGUUUUCUGCAUUUGUUAGCAAAAACCGUUUCUCAAGAUCACGCUUUUCGUGAGAACUGGCGAAAUGAUAAAGGUGAUAAGAAAAAUGUGAUGCGCUGAAACCAACAAAUGACAUGGAAAAAGAAAAAGAAAAAACAAGAGGAUUAUUAUUCGAAUGUGAUUUUCAGAGCAUUUCCACGUAUUUGUCGGCGAUUUGAGCAAAGAUGUGAGCAACGAUCUUCUCAAAUCUGCAUUUCAAAAGUUCGGAGAAGUCAGGUGAGUCAUCAGCGCCUUUUCUAAUCUAAACGCAUCACACUUGUCGCAUUUGCAGUGAAGCAAAAGUGAUCCGAGAUGCACAGACUCAGAAGUCCAAAGGAUACGGAUUCGUCUCAUUCCCCAACAAACAAGUAAGCCCGUCACACCCGUGCUUCUGCCCGAAAACAAAAGUGUGUUGCCCAGAACGCAGAGAGCGCGAUCGCCGGAAUGAACGGCAAGUGGAUCGGGAAACGGGCGGUCAGGACCAACUGGGCAGCUCGCAAAAACAGCGAGGAGAACAGAGACAAACUGACUUUCGAACAGGUGUGUAAUCGGGUGAUGUUUGGUUGGGAGCACUCGAAAAAUUUUAGGUGUUUAACUCAACAAAGGCGGAUAAUACUUCAGUGUACGUGGGGAACAUCAGCCAACAGACCACCGGUAAGGAACAGUGAUCUGCUAAAGAUAAAGAUUGACUACACCUUUUUUGGUGAUUCCCGAAACUUUCAUUUCCGACGGAUAUGAUAUCCUAUCCCACUUCCAUCUAGAAGGCGAUAAACGACGCGUGUAUUUGAUUAAUGAAUGUCUCAGAUUCCGAUCUCCGCGAUUCGUUCGCAUCCUUUGGUGAUAUCGCGGAAGUUCGACUCUUCAAAACGCAAAGAUAUGCGUUUGUGCGUUUUGAGAAGAAAGAAUGCGCCACUAAAGCGAUAAUGGAGAUGAACGGAAAGGAACUCGCCGGAAACCUCGUCCGUUGCUCAUGGGGAAGGACGCAGGCAGUGGUAACCUAAACAUUUUGGAAUCAGAUCAGAAAAUGUCCGAUUUUGAAGCCAAACCAAGCGCUGAACCCACUCCCGAUUGACUUAUCCUCGCUCAUGAUGCCGACGAUGUUGCCGACUUCUCUGCCGCUCAUCCAGAACCCCUUCUUGAACUACGAGCCAACAUCCCUCCUGUACAGUUCAUUCCCGCAAUGGUAA